AUGUGCGAGAAGGCUCGCUGGUUGUUUCCGCUUGUGCGUGGCUUCGGCUCCGCGGUCGCGUUGGGUGGAUUUGCUCUUCCUGCGGGCUUUUCCUCAGGUGUCAGCAUGAGCUGCACGUCUUAUACCACCCUGACUGAGGAAAUUAGUCUGAAGCGAGGCGCUUCAGGGUUGGGAUUCAAUAUUAUUGGAGGAACCGAUUACCCGCCCAAUUGUAAGGACAGUGCAAUCUACGUGAGCAAAAUUAAAGCUGAUGGACCAGCAGGUCUUGAUGGACGGUUAAAAGAAAAAGACCAAAUCUUAGCAAUCAAUGGGCGAGAGCUUUCCAAUGUGACUCAUCAGGAGGCGGUGGAAAUAUUUAGAAAUUCUGGUGAUGUGGUGACACUGUUGGUUUUAAAAAAGGUAGUCAAGAAUAAUCAAAGCAGCAAGUUAACUUUAUCACCAGUAGUAAUAGCAGUACUGGGUAUAACAGUGUUGGCAACAUGUAUAUAUGUGAAAUAUCGCCGUAGUUUAUGAAGAUACAAAUUUUUCUUUUCUUUUAAAGUAGGCCAAAAAUUUCAAUGUACAACUUCACUGCUGCUUAUUUGUGUGCCUAGCCAAAUACUGACUUUGAAAUUUAUUAACUACCAGAGGAUCUUAGAGAAUGGAGACAGUAAUCGAAUUCCAGAAUCAUUUGUAUCACAGAAUUGCAGAUAAGUUGCAAUGAUCUUUUAAUAAUAUAGCAAAUAUGAAGCAUGUUAUAAAUUACAUACACUAAAUAAAUAAAAGCAUCCGUUAGUCUUGCGAGACCAUGGAUCUGCGCCUGGAAAGUCUUCACUCUCCAGGGCGCAGGCCUGGGCAAGGUUGUAUGGAAGACCAGCAGUUGCCCAUGCUGCAAGUCUCCCCUCUCCAGAACACCGAUGGUGUCCCAAGGGAAGGGCAAGGGCCGAUACAGCUUGGCACCAGUGUCAUUGCAGUGUCAGUGACAUUGCUCAAGGACACAACAUACUGCCUCGGCUGGGGCUCAAACUCACGACCUUUGGGUCGCUAGUCAAAUGCCUUAACCACUUGGCCAUGUGCCCACACCAUGACACACACUAAGUCCUCAUUAUUCACAAGGGGUAAGAGUGUGGACUUCUUGUUCAUAACAAAAAAAUUCAUGGAUGCCAUUACAGAAAGCACUCCCCAAAUAUAUGCAAAUAUAUUCUAAAACCAUUACCAUGUAUUAAUGCACACAAAAGUUUCUAAAUACCGAAAAAGAAAUAAUUAUUUGCUAAUAAAGUAAUUUCAAUAACAACAAGCAUUGAUUGGUUUGAAAAAAGCAAGGCGCAACUAUGUAAUCAAAGGCAGCUAUGCAGCUAUGUAGUCAAAUAUUAGGGAAGUACACAGUAAGGUGUACUUAACACAAGUUGUCACAAAACUGAUUACUGUAUAUACAGAUAAUACUUGGUUCCUUAACAGGAACAUGAAUAUAAGUAUAUCCAAAAAAAAUUAAGAUGGAAAUUGGGGUUAACUUUGUGCAUAUGUAAAAAAUUAGAAGGUUCCGGUCCAAAUGGUACCAAGCUGCAAUCUCCAUCUGGCUCAGACUUAGUUGUUUUUUUAGGUUCAUAGGGUUGUUUUUAGUGACAGAGAGGGGAGUUUGGAGUCAGGUUAGAGUUUAGGGACAGGGAUGUAGGGGCAUUAGAUGUCAGGCCAUAGUUUCUGCCUCCUCUCUGCAUUGAAGGCUAGCAAUGUGGACAUGACGUCCAUGGAUGGAUGUUGCGCAAACAAACGCUGUGGAUGAAGACCAGUGGGGAUAAGGGCUGUUGACCCCGCCUGUGCCCCCUUCCAGGUCAGUGAGUCCCCCAGUGUUGGCCGGUACAGGGUUUGGAGGUCAAGGGGAAGGAGGCAUGACGGCUGAUGACUCGCUAGCUGCAUGGGUUGGCAAGUUUGGGGUUCGAGGCCAGGAAUUUGGGGUUCCAUCAUAGAAUCUGGAGUUCGGGAUCCUGACAAUGACAAGACCAGGGGUCGGUACUCAAGAUCAAAACCUAAAAGUCAAUCAGAAGUCAGGAAAUCGAGGCCUGAAGGCUGAUGUCCUGGGAGUACAAGUGCCCCGGGAAAUUUUGAGGCCUGAUAUCUGUGAGUCUGCUGGAGGCCUGGAUCAACUUGUUCUGGGGUUGGAGGACUGUCUGUGUUUGGUUGGGUGGAUAAGUAGGAGGAAAGGGGCUUGUCUUGCUGCUGUUUCUGUUACUUGUGUCGUUCUGCUGAGCGCUAUGGGCGUGCUCUGUUGGCACCAGAAUGUGCGGUGACACUUGCGGACUGCCCCCAGGACAUCCUUAGCUAGCCAAAACAAAAGUAUUUAAUUGUAUGCUUCAGUGUACAUGUGAUAAAUAAAUGAAUCUGAAUGUAAUCCGCAGAUGGUAUCUUGUCAGAUAAUGAGGACUAAGUGUACUGAAUUUUUUAAAAAUGGGUUUGAUAAAAAUUAAGCAAGGGUGCUGUUUAAGGAAAAAAUUUUAAGCUAAAAGACAUGCAAAAAAAUCUUAGUAAUUUGAUCAAAUUCAACGUGUACGUGCUACAUCGAAGAAAAAUUACUUCAUUACAUUCAUUUUUAUUACCCAUAUUCUUGACAGAUGAUAUUCUCCAGGAAUAGAUUAGCUUUUUUAAAACUGCAUGCAUGCAGUUGAGAAGUGUAUUGUUCAUUAUGUCACCUGCAGGAAUAUAUUAGGAUAAAAUCUCAUUUCACUAAAUCUAGUAAAUAGUGUACAGUUGCAAGAAAAAAAUUUGUGAACCCUUUGUAAUUACCUGGUUUUCUGUAUUAGUUGCUCAUAAAAUGUGGUCUGAUCUUCAUUCAAGUCACAAUGAUACACAAACAUGAUCUGCCUAAAUAAUAACGCACAAACAAUUGUACUACUUCUUGUCAGUACUGAGUGCACCAUUUAAACAAUCACAGUUUAGGUUCAAAAAAGUAUGUGGACCUCUGGGGUAUUGGUCUCUACAAAAGCUAUUUGGAAUCAGGUGUGCCAAUCAAUGAGAUGAGAUUAGAGGUGUUGGUUGUAGAGGUGCCAUGCCCUAUAAAAAAGACACCACAAAGUCAGGUUACUGACAAAGCUUGCUCUUCUCAAGAAAGAUCUGUUGAUGCGCACCAUACCUUGAUCAAAUCAACUUUCAGAGGACAUUAGAAGAAGAAUUGUAGAGAUGCAUGAAGCUGGAAAAGGCCACAAAAGCAUUUGUAAAGACCUGAGUGUUCAGCAGUCAGUUAGAGAAACUAGCUACAAAUGGAGGAAAUUCAGUACUGUUGCUACUCUCCCUAGGAGUCGGCAUCUUGCAAAGAUCACACCAAGAGUACAAUGUGCAAUGCUGAAGGAGGUGAAAAAGAACCCAAAGAUAACAUCAAAAGGCCUGCAGGAAUCUCUAGAACUCCACUAUCAUCAAAACACUGAACAAAAUGGGUGUUCAUUGAAGGACACCAUGGAGGAAACCACUGCUCUCCCAAAAAAAAAUACGUGGCAGCAUGUCUCAAGUUUGCAAAAGACCACUUGGAUGUUCCACAAUGCUUUUGGGACAAUGUUCUGUGGACAGAUGAGACAAAAGUUGAAUUUUUUGGCAGAAAUGCACACUGCAAUGUUUGGAGAGAAAAGUGCACUGCACACCAACACUGAAAUCUCAGCCAACUGUGAAGCAUGGUGGAAGGCGCAUUAUAGUUUGGGGCUGCUUUGCUGCCACAAGACCUGGACAGCUUGCAAUCAGUGAGGGAACAAAUAAUUCAAAAUUGUAUCAAGACAUUUUACAGGAGAAUGUCAAGGUAGCGGUCCAACCCUUGAAGCUCAAUAGAAGUUGGAUGAUGCAACAUCACAAUGAUACAAAACAGAAGGGUUAAUCAGCAACAGGAUAGUUUAAAAAGAAAAUAAAGUGUUUUGGAAUGGCUGAGUCAGAGUCCAGACCUUAACCCAAUUGAGAUGCUGUGGCAUGACUUGAAGAGGGCUGUUCAUGCAAGUUUACCCAGAAAUUUUGAUGAUCUGAAACAGCUUUGUAUGGAGGAAUGGUCUAAAAUUCCUCCUUGCCAUUGUGCAAAUCUGGUCAGCAGCUACAAGAAAUGUUUGGUGGAUGUUAUUGUUGCUAAAGGAGAUUCUACCAAUUAUUAAAUACAAUGGUUCACUUACUUUGUCCAUCCUGGACUGUGAAUAAUUAAACAAUGUAUUCAAUAAAGACUUGAAAAAUACAAUUGUUUGUUAGUUUGGGCAGAUUGUGUUUGUCUAUUAUCGUGACUUAGAUGAACAUUUUAUGAAUAAUUAAUGAAGAAAACCAGGUAAUUACAAAGGGUUCACAAACUUUUUCUUGCAACUUUUAAAAUUUAUAUUUUAAAAUCCUACGAUCAUAUGGAUUAAAAUGUGAUAAAGCUUCUUUCACACAAGGUUCCAGUAUGUUAACCAGGAUAAUUUAUGAAUUCAUGCAUUCUGAUGCUUUUUAAAAACUGAAUUAUCUUAAAUAUAAAACAUUUGCAUUGUUAUUUAAGCACUUCCAUCUUCAUAAGCUUAAUUACAACUGAUUUGCUUAAAUUCUGUAAUUUUUUGUAAAGUGAUUUGCUGACGUGUUGGUUGUUGAAUACUGAUCGGCUGAUAUAUAAUUUCCUUAUGGAAGAUUUUUCAAGAAUUCAAUGUAAUGCUUACAUUUAAGUGAACAGGAUACAAAUGUUUUAAAUGCUAUAAUUGUUAAAAGAUCAUAGAAUUGUAUUAAUAGAAUAUGACAAGAAAUCUAAUGCUGGCUUUAUAACUUUAUCUGGAUACCUUAAUGAAAGGUGACAAUGUUACAUCUCUGGUUUCAAAAUGGUUUCUACAAGUAGAUGGCAAAUCAAUAUCUGGGAAUAUAUUCUAAAAAAAAGGGUCUUGGCCCAAAAUGUGGACCAUCUAUUCUUUGCCAUAGAUGCUGCCUGACCUCAUAGUCAUACUUUAUUGAUCCCGAGGGAAAUUGAUUUUCGUUACAGUUGCCCCAACCAAGAGUAGAGUAUAAAUAUAGCAAUAUAAACCCGUAAAUAAUUAAAUAGUAAUAUGUAAAUUAUGCCAGGAAGUAAGUCCAGGACCAGCCUAUUGGCUCAGGGUGUCUGACCCUCCAAGGGAGGAGCUGUAAAGUUUGAUGGCCACAGGCAGGAAUGACUUCCUAUGAUGCUCAGUGUUGCAUCUUUGAGGAAUGAGUCUCUGGCUGAAUGUACUCCUGUGCCCAACCAGUACAUUAUGUAGUGGAUGGGAGACAUUGUCCAAGAUGGCAUGCAACUUGGACAGCAUCCUCUUUUCAGACACCACUGUGAGAGAGUCCAGUUCCAUCCCCACAACAUCACUGGCCUUACGAAUGAGUUUGUUGAUUCUGUUGGUGUCUGCUGCCCCAGCACACAACAGUAAACAUGAUAGCACUGGCCACCACAGACUCGUAGAACAUCCUCAGCAUCGUCCGACAGAUGUUAAAGGUUAACCUGCUGAGUUGUUCCAGCAUUUUGUGUGUGUUCCUUUGGAUUUUGAGCAUCUGCAAACUUUCUCGUGUUUGUCAAUAUCUGGGAAGACUAUAUCUGCAUUAUCUUGAUCAGUUUUUCUAAAAGACAAUAUUGGGCUAGUCCCUGGAAAUCAGCUUUUACACAUUAAUAUCACAUUGGUUUUGUGACUUUUCCAGAUAUAUUUGAGCAAAUUCUGAUUGCAGAACAAUUGUAAAUAAUUAGUUUUAUAUUUAAGGUUUUAUUUGAGAACUCUGGUCGAACUUCUUUUCAAUGUGCUAUUUGUCAAAGUUGGAAAUAGGCUAGUAGAAUUGACAAGUUUGCUUUAGUCUUUCCUCAGAUGUUUGUCAAUGAGCAAUACUGAAAUGAUGAAUUAAAUUCAUGGCCUUAAUUGCUGUCUUAGUUGCAAGGUAAACAAGCUGAAGAUAUUCUUUGGACAGUAUCCUGUUAAGUCUUACAAAUUAAUUUGUAAUUUAAUGAAACUUAAACAAUAUUGUAAUCCCUUUUCAAGAAAUUCAGUCCAAAAUGCAUCUGCUUUGGGUCUGCCUAUUCCCUUUUAAAAUUUAGAUUUUCAUAAUUAUCACUUAACUGUUAGCAAUAUGCACUAAUCAUACUUAAAAUAGAAUUUGAAAUUCUCAGUCAACACAAUUUCUGAAGUAACUGACAAACAUUUCAGGUCAGUGCUUAAGUGUUUCCAGAUGAGCUGUGCAAUUUCUGCUCUUUGUUUUAUCACCCUUAAGGGAGUUUAUUACUCUAUGGGGAAAUGGAAGGCAUAAAAGAUGCUUUGAAUUUUCCAUUGCUAUUUAAAUGUGUCUGGACCAAUCCACUGAAACUACUAUGUGCCACUUUGACAACCUUUUUUCCCCAAAUUGGUAGGCAGGAGGCUAUCUUGUUCUGCUUUGGCCUUUGUCUAUUACUGCCAUUAAAUUUAAGAUACCUCAUGAAAAUACGCUGGAAAAUACACUCCUUUUAAAAUCCUUUUAAUUGUGUUUUUAAAAAAGUAUUCAAAUAUUAUACCAACUAUUUAACUGGUGAUAUGAUUUAUAAAAUUGUCUUCAUAUGGCACUCAAAUUAGAAUAAAUCCCCCCACAUGGGGAUACCUUACCUGCAAUUGUACAGAGUUGACCAAUAGAAUCUACAUUGUGCUUUUUGAGUUAUGACAUAAAAAUGUUGACCCUUCCUCAUGUCUGGCUCUUUGAUCCAUGUUAUUUGAAUAGCCAAGAGUUUUAUUUAUUAUAUUUAAUUUCUAAUUGAAUUAUUUGAGCUGUUUUAAUAGCAGCAGCAGGAAGUUUGCAUAAACUUUUCCAAAUAUCUGCUAUUCACAGUUACGUAUUGUUUACACAUUUUUCUCGAGCAGGAUCUUUUCCAUAGAAGACAAUCACAGAUUCUGAUUGUAGACAUUUGAAAAUGACAAUCUGCCAGAGGAAACACAAACUGAACACUAAAUUUGCUCUCAAAUUUUGAACUUUGAAUCAGAACAUCUUAUUUUCUACCUUGAUCGGGUUUCUGAUUCUUGGUCCUAAACAUAAUCUUUUAUUAUGUAACACUAAAGGUGGUGACCAUUGUGGAUGGGGAUAUCCCUGUAUUUGCCCUUAUAUAAAGUGUUAUCAAAGUUUCUGUGUUGAAGUAUACAUGAGACAAUAAACAGUGUAAUAUACUGUAGAUAUACCCAUCUUCAUGUGCUAACACCGUCAUUGUUUGUGCUGGUGAUGUUCUUUGAUUUUUGUAGCAUGUCAACAUUUAAGAACAAAAGCAGUCUAUCUUGCUUUGCAACUGUUAAACUUCCUUAUAAGAACAUUUUUUGUGUGGAUCUAAAAUAUUUCAGAGGUAUUUAAAUUGAACAAAAAGUUGUAGCUUUUAUGACUUAAUAAAUAUUGCCACAUGAACUGGAAAAGUAUUUCAAACUGAUGAUACUUUCCAUGUAUAAUUUUGAACAGAAAAGUUUUUCUAUUUUAAUAUUUCUCAUAGACUACAAACUCAGAAUUGAGAUAUGAUAUUAAUAUCAUUUUCAAGGUUAGUAUGAGUUAGGUAUCGAUUCACUUAUUUCUUCUUUUUAAAAAUAAUGCAGUGAUAUUACUGCCUAUAUUGACCAACUUUGUUAAUGCAAUUCAUUCUUGUACUAGUACUGUGGGGAUGAUGAAAUUUCUGCCUUUAAUUAAGGAAGAGUUUCUUUAUUUUUAAAUGAGGUUUUAUAUCUAUUUCAGUAUUGCUUCACUUUUUCUAUUAAAAUGAAAAUAAGGCUGCCAGAGCUGACUGUUUUAAUUUAUGUAGGCAAUCAAUGCUGAUGAAACCACAUCUUUUUUAUUGAUGUGUUGCCUUGAUUCAUAAUCAAAUGGCCUUUUUGAUAAUAAAUUUUGUGUUUUUUUUAUGUAUGUAGUAUGUGUGGGACUCAAGUGCUGCUAAUUAACUGUGAAAAUUGCAUAAUGAUUCAAAGAUAACAUUUUUAUGACUACAGUAAUAUUAACGAGCAUCCUAUGAAAGUCUCAUCUACAUUUUUACCAGUGUAGUCAAGUAGGCAAGAGCAAGUAAAAUCUUGCAAAUUUUGAUUGAUGCAAAAUAAAAUGAAGUUAUUUAUGCAUAUUUUUGUCAAAUUGAUGCCUGAAAGAGAAAGAUGCAUAAAAUUACUUGCUAAAUAUUUGCAUUUUAUUUAAGACACUUAGAUUUAUUAACUUGUGCCCUGCUGAGCAAGUGAAGUAUGCCACUAUCCUGUUCACAUUCUUGGAGAAUUCAUACAAUCUAUACAGUUAUAUACAGUUUUGCCCAAAAGUUCUGUAAUUAAAUGUGUGAAGAGCAGCUUGCUUGUCGUUAUUAUUUACCUGGCUUUGCAUAAAAGUAAAGCAAUUAAAUUAUAAGAGCGUAAAAAAAACAAGUCAGUGUUUGGAUGUAUUGAUUUCAUGAUGUGCAUAAAUCUUUAAGUACUGUUGGCUGGGAUAAAGUUACCCAAGGCAAGACUUUUAGGCAAUUGUGUCCGUUCAAAAAUCAUUCUAAACGGAAUAAUGGAUUCUUACAUGCCUCGAUGCCAAGUACUGUAGCGCAUUUCUUUGCAAUUAAUUCAUCUGAAGCUGGGUCAUGCAGUUACUUGAUUAUUUGUUUCCUCGAUAAUGGAAGUAGAUUAAGAUAAAAUUAGCUAUAUCAAUUUCAUCAGAAUAAUGGCCCCAAUCAUAGUAAGGCUGAUAUGCAGCAUGUGCUGAGGUGUCACCUGUUGGUUAAACUUGUUCUUACACUAAGUAGAUCCCCUCCUGUGAGCUUCUUUACCAAAGCCAGCUGCAGUCUAAUUGGCGGAGAACAACACAUCCUGCACAACUCAGCCUUCUGGUCAUAAAUAAUGCUGUAACACUAGCUAGCCCAUGUGCCAGGCUUACCAGUUAUGAAGGAGCUUAAUCACACCUUCGAAAUUAUAUUAAAUUAAAUCAUUUAUAGUAGAAAACACUAAAAUGUAAUUGUUUGUAGCUUAAAUGUAAGUUAUCUAGUACUUAUUCUUCCUGCUUUGUUUCUUUUUUUUUUGCAGUUUGUGGAUAGAUUUUUCAAUUGCAAAUGCUAGGAAGCUAUAGAAACUCAUCUUUCAGCACUGGAUCUUCAAAGAGCAAUGGUGUUCAGUUGUGAAUGAGUUCAAACAGGUGGACGUGCCUGAAUCCCACCCCUUUACAUACAGCUAUAUACUGGCAAUCUUUCCUGUGUGCUCU